CGGCAAUUUAGCCGGUACUGUACUCAUAUCCAGCAAAGUGCAAAACCGUUGCCGACGUAUCAAGUGACGUAUCAAGUGACGUAAAGCUCCGCCCUCGUGUUUACGUGACGUAGACGGAAGUACAUUCUGCAGUCAAAACGAUGAAGGUGAUCCAGCGCCCUGUAAAGACACUGCAGACUGCUCUGCUGUCUGACAGCAAAGACUUGAUUAAACUCUACAGGAAAUACACAGAUCAGGAGAGGCAACUUUUGGAGGAAGGAUUCAAGGCAGGUCAACAAGGUUGUCUGUUCCAGCUCAUCACAGUUCACUCAGACUCAGACUGGAUCCCUGCUCAUCCUGAGGAGCCUCAGGACUUUAGGAGCUUCUGGAGAGACCCUCACAGGACGAGUCCUGAUCCUGCACACAAUACGAUUUAUAUUCAAACCAUAGGUUCCUUUGGAGAGGCAGGUCCUCAGACAGACCAGUAUGUGCAGUGGCUCAGACAGUACUGUCAAGCCUUCUUCUGUGGUCUUUCUGUCAAACUGAUGCCUCCAGUGACUGUGGCUGAAACACAGUGUUCGUUUAGAGUUAACAGCAAUUUGCAUAACCUACAGAUACUCACUGGUGAUCUUUUGCAAUUCUUGGCCCACAGAAAACCAAAAGAUGCGUUUUGUAUUGUUGGAAUCACAAUGAUUGACCUGUAUCCCAAAGAAUCCUGGAAUUUUGUCUUUGGACAGGCUUCUCUCAGUAUGGGGAUGGGUGUUUUCAGUUUUGCCAGGUACGACAACCACUUCUACAGCAGAAAUUACACGGGUCGACUGAGUAAGAGUCUUCAGCCUAAGAAGGGAGAUUAUUCUGUGUUUGAUGGAUAUUACACUCCACCCAUCUGCAGCUCUCUGUUGCUGAGAUCCUGCAAGACGAUGACGCAUGAGAUCGGUCAUAUGUUUGGAAUCAGGCAUUGUCAGUGGUUGAGCUGCGUGAUGCAGGGCUCCAAUCAUUUGGAGGAGUCCGAUCGUAGACCUCUGGAUUUCUGUCCCAUCUGCCUCCGCAAGCUGCAGGUGUCUGUUGGCUUCAAUAUAGCAGACAGAUACAAGGCCUUGCUGCAGUGGCUAGAAGAUGAUCAUGGACCAACACGUACUCCAGAUGGAGCCUCCUACACCUCUUCCCAGGUUUCACUGCACUAUCCCAAACCCACAGAAGCCUUUCAUGACUAUAAACUCUGGCUUCAAAGAUGCCUGGAAAUCCUGGAAAAAUAAUGAAGGUUAAAAAAAACUUGACUUCUGAUACUUCUCUUUUCAAAACACUGUUUUUUCUUUCUUUCUAACAUAGAGAGCAAUAAACUGCAGAAUAAAUCAAUAUGUUGUAAGUUUGUUACCAGUGACACCAUAUCUUGUAGGUACAGCCUUCCAGAAGUAUCCACAAGUACCAUGAAUAUGACUCAGAAAAAGACAUGUUUACAUU